GUUAACUUUAUAUUCUCCUGAUGUUUUUCCUUUAGAAAUAAGGCUCCGAUUUCCAGGCCGACAUCGCAGUUCAAGUCAAGAUCUUGUAUUGUUUAAUCCACAUUCUCUAGGCAAAGAUAAACAGCCUGCAAAUGUAAUCACAUAUGCGCGCUUUCCAAGUAAGGGGCAGUCAUGCUGGUCUCUUGUGCAAAGCUUCCUUUUUUGUUAGGCCUAUUCUCUGUGCUGUCCGCGUUUGACCAAGGGCCGACGCAUGUGAUUGCAGUAACUCCUAAAACCGCAAAUGAUCCGCUUUACACACGCCCGCAAGGCCUGCUAAGCCGACCUAGACUUUCGAAGCAUCCAUCUCUUCCUCCAAUACGUGAAGAGGCAUACGAUCCGCUUUACAAACGUCCGGGAGAACUGGAUGGAAGAACUAGGGGGCUCAAACAACCAUCUCUUCCGCGAAUACCUGAAGAAGCCACCAUGGCUCCUUCAAGAUGGCAGCGGAGGGUCGAGGAGAUAAGAAUGCAACUUCUCCGUGGAGGCGGACCUCGGCCUAUCACUGCAUUCAUCCAUCAUCUACCAUGGGGCCCUCAGGCGCAAGGUCACGGUCAUGGAAAUUUGCCUCCCGGAGCACGCAAUCGUGCUCCUUUUGGACCUAAUCACCGCGGACGGGGGUAAUUGGGAUGGCCACAUUGUCAAUGUGCACCACUGAGGAAACUGAAGAACGUUUGGAUGCUGCAGAGCUUGACCACCCGCUGACACAGCAGAUUUGCUUGAGGAUGAACGUCACAUUUGAUGGCCUUCACCUGAGGGGCUAUCAAAAUGGUUGCGAGUCUCCACGGCUCGUAUUGACAUAUACUCGUUUAGCUAUUGUCGAUCACACCAGAGAAAUAGAUUGAAACAUAAAUUACAAGUAACAAAUCACUCAAUUCAGCAGGUCGGGAAACAAUUGUGCCGGAAUGCUGGCUAUGGCAUUUAGUACAUUUGUAAUUUCGGCGAGGGUUAUUGAGUGCGUGUGCAUGUGCAGUGAACAUUGUAGUUCUUUCACCACAGUAUAACU